AGCUGGGCUGAGCCCCGAGCGCGGAUUGAGUGCGAGGUAGCUGGACCUGUCAGCUGGACCUGUCAGCUGUACCUGUCAGCUGGACCGGUCACCAGCAUGGAGAAGGCUUCGGCGGCGCCCCCGCUGCACAUCGUCAUGGACACCUACAGCUCCAAAGCGGAUCUCGCGAACAAUGGAUCCAGAGAAGACCUGGACCCGUAUGUGCCGGCCGACCACCGCCCUCAGGGGUCCAAUACCUCUAGUUUCGGUGCUCUGGCUCACCUGCUGAAGGCGUCACUCGGCUCGGGCAUCCUGGCCAUGCCGCUGGCGUUCCGCAACGCCGGCAUCCUGGUGGGCUCCGUGGGCACCGUGGUCGUCGGCCUGGUCUGCGCGCACGCACUGCACAUACUCGUGAAGACGUCGCAGGAGCUGUGCGUGGAGGCGCGGCGGCCCUGCGUGGGCUACGCCGACACCUGCGACCUGGUCUUUCAGUACGGGCCUAAAUCCAUCAGGAAAUUCGCUCCUAUUGCAAGAGAGGUGGCGGACUGGGCGCUGGCGGUGACGCACCUCGGCGCGUGCUGCGUGUACAUCGUCGUCGUGGCCGAGUCCUUCAAACAGGUAUCGGACAGCUAUGGGGGUCCAGAUUGGCCGGUCACGGUAUAUUGUGCCUUAACACUAGUGCCGUUAGUGCCAUUAACGCAGAUCACCAAGCUCAAGUACCUCGUGCCUUUCUCAGCCUUCGCCAAUGUGGUGUGGUUGGUGUCCAUUGGAAUAUCGGUCUACUACUGCUUGACCGACGUGCCAAGUUUGAACGAGCGGGACCUCGCCACUUCGCUCAGUGGAAUUCCGCUGUUUGUAAGCACGUGUCUGUUCGCGAUGGAGGGCGUGGGCGUGGUGAUGCCGGUGGAGAACGAGAUGGAGCGGCCGCAGCAGUUCCUGGGCUGCCCCGGCGUGCUCAACAUCGCCAUGUCCGCCGUGGUCGUGCUGUACGGCUUCAUCGGCUUCUUCGGCUACUUGAAGUACGGGGAUGAGGUCCGGGGCAGCCUGACGCUGAACCUGCCGCAAGAUCAAGUGCUCGCGCAGACGGCCAAGAUCCUGGUGGCGCUGGUGAUGAUGCUCUCGUACGCACUCAUCUACUACGUGCCGUUCGACGUGGUGUGGCGGCGCCUGCAGGGCCGGGUGCCCGCCGCCGCGCACCGCUGGGCCGUGGCGGGCAUACGGCUGUUGGGGUGCCUCAUGACAGUGGGCAUAGCAUGCGCGAUCCCACGGCUGGAGCUGUUCAUGGAGCUGGUGGGCGCGGUGUGCCUGUCCGUGCUGGGGCUGCUGCUGCCCGCGGUGCUGGAGACGGCCUGGCGCUGGGGGCGCGGGCCCUGCAAGCUGCUGGUCUGCAAGAACGCCGUCAUCGUGUUCUUCGCGCUGCUCGCUAUGGUGUCAGGGGUCGUGUACUCGAUUAAAGGCAUUGUUGAUCAUUUGUAGUUUUGACAGAGAAUUUAAUUUUGAGGUUGUAAUUGAAAAGGUUAAUGGCGACUGUAUUUUUUGUUUACAAACUUUCUGUCUGUCUCGUGAACAAUUGGAAAAGAUGACUACAUGUAGAAUUAAUUGUAUUGUUGCCGGUUUCAAUAACUAUAUCUCCCGAUGACUGGUAGUUACUUUCAUACUAUUUUGACAUAUUAAAAGUUACAAUCUGUCAAAAUCGUAUGAAAGUAAGUACCAAUCAUCGGUAGAUAGAGUUAUUGAAACUGGCAGUUAAAGUUCUAUGACUCCAGUGUAAUAGUGAAUUGAUUUUAUAUUUAGUAGUUUAAGGUUUUAUAUCUAAAUGAUGAUUGUGAUACUGUCAUAACAUAGCAGGUAAUUAGUUUAUAAGUAAAACUAACAGUAUUUACUAAUA